CAAGUGUUUCCUCUUUCAAAGAUGAAACCUUCGUGCAAACCAUCUCCAAGCUCUUUUGCUCUCUCUACUUUUCUCAAAUUAUUUGUUUUCUGUUUUUGGUUUCUAUUCUCCGGGAGAGACAAACAUCAAGAAUGAGAGAAAAGUACUUAAGGGCAGUGUUAAGACAAGAUGUGGGUUACUUUGAUGUUCAUGUCACAAGCACUUCUGAUGUUAUCACUAGUGUCUCUAGUGACAGCCUAGUUAUUCAAGACUUCCUCAGUGAAAAGUUACCAAACUUUUUGAUGAAUGCGUCUGCGUUUGUCGGCUGCUACAUAGUGGGCUUCAUUUUGUUGUGGAAACUUACAAUUGUAGGCUUCCCAUUCAUUAUUCUCCUCUUGAUCCCUGGACUAAUGUACGGACGAGCCCUCAUUGGCAUCUCGAGGAAGAUACGUGAGGAGUACAAUGAAGCUGGUUCUUUCGCCGAACAAGCCAUCUCGUCGGUUCGAACUGUGUACGCAUUUGGUAGUGAGAAGAAAAUGUUACUAAAGUUCUCAAAUGCGCUUCAAGGGUCGGUGAAGCUAGGGUUGAGACAAGGGAUAGCUAAAGGAAUUACCAUUGGGAGCACUGGUGUAACUUAUGCUAUUUGGGGGUUCAUGACUUGGUACGGAAGUCGGAUGGUUAUGACCAACGGCUCCAAAGGCGGUACUGUCUCCACCGUCACAGUUUGCGUUACCUUUGGUGGCACAGCACUUGGUCAAGCUUUGUCGAAUCUCAAAUAUUUCUCAGAGGCGUUUGUGGCAGGGGAACGUAUUAUCAAAGUGAUAAAAAGAGUCCCCGAUAUAGAUUCAGACAACUUGAAUGGUCAGAUUUUGGAAAGUAUAAGAGGAGAUGUCGAAUUCAACCAUGUGAAGUUCAACUACCCGUCUAGACCCGAAACUCCAAUCUUUGAUGAUUUGUGUUUGAAAAUUCCAUGUGGGAAAACUGUGGCUUUGGUAGGCAGAAGCGGAUCGGGAAAAUCAACCGUGAUAUCUCUUCUACAAAGAUUCUACGAUCCAAUCGCGGGAGAUAUUCUCAUUGAUGGUGUAUCCAUUAAUAAGUUGCAAGUGAAAUGGUUGAGAUCACAAAUGGGUCUGGUUAGCCAAGAGCCAGUGCUCUUCGCCACAUCGAUAGAGGAGAACAUAUUAUUUGGUAAAGAGGACGCAUCUAUCGAUGAUGUAAUGGAAGCUGCAAAGGCCUCAAAUGCUCAUAAUUUCAUUUCUCAGUUCCCUCAUGGUUAUAAAACUCAGGUUGGAGAGAGAGGAAUGCAAAUGUCUGGGGGUCAGAAGCAAAGGAUCGCAAUUGCACGUGCGAUAAUCAAGUCACCCACACUUCUCCUUCUAGACGAGGCGACAAGCGCAUUGGACUCUGAAUCUGAAAGGGUAGUCCAAGAAGCCUUAGACAAUGCCUCAGUUGGACGUACAACUAUUGUUAUUGCUCACCGCCUCUCUACCAUUCGUAAUGCUGAUGUUAUAUGUGUUGUCUCUAAUGGUCGCAUUGUAGAAAGUGGAUCGCACGACAAGCUCAUAGAGAAAUUAGAUGGUCAAUACACUUCUCUUGUCCGCAUAGAACAAGCGAAGAAUCAAGAAACAAAUGCUUACAUCAGCGUAGGUGUGAAAGAGAGUCGAGUCUCGAGUUUAAACAAAGAUUUGGAGUAUAACCAUAGAGAAUCGAGUUCCAGCAUUGUUACAAAUCUUUCUGACGUGGUUCCUAAGGAUAAGAAGCCGCUUGUUCCAUCGUUUAACAGAUUGAUGACAAUGAAUAAACCAGAGUGGAAACAUGCAUUAUAUGGUUGCUUAAGUGCAUCUCUCAAUGGGGUCAUACAACCAAUUUAUGCAUAUUCAUCAGGGUUCAUGAUAUCGGUAUUUUUCCUAACGAGCCAUGAACAGAUCAAAGAGAACACAAGAAUUUAUGUGUUAGUAUUUUUUGGUCUAGCUCUAUUCACUUUUUUGAUCAGUAUCAGUCAACAAUAUAGCUUUUCCUACAUGGGAGAAUACCUGACUAAACGUAUCCGAGAACAAAUGCUCUCGAAAAUACUGACGUUUGAAGUCAAUUGGUUCGACGAGGAAGAGAAUUCAAGUGGUGCAAUUUGCUCGAGACUAGCGAAAGAUGCUAACGUCGUGAGGUCAUUGGUUGGUGAACGAAUGUCAUUGUUGGUACAAACCAUAUCAACAGUAAGCAUAGCUUGCACAAUUGGUUUGGUCAUCGCUUGGCGAUACACCAUUGUGAUGAUUUCUAUACAACCAGUGAUUGUUGUCUGCUAUUAUAUUCAACGUGUUCUGCUCAAGAACAUGUCGAAAAAAGCCAUCAUUGCUCAAGAUGAAAGCAGUAAAUUAGCUGCUGAGGCUGUCUCUAACAUCCGAACCAUCACAACCUUCUCAUCACAAGAACGGACCAUGAAAUUACUCGAGAGAGUUCAAGAAGGUCCUCGAAGAGAAAGCGCCCGCCAAUCAUGGUUAGCAGGGAUUAUGUUGGGGACUACGCAAAGCCUUAUAACGUGCACCUCAGCUUUGAAUUUUUGGUAUGGUGGUAAACUAAUCGCUGAUGGGAAAAUGGUGUCAAAAGCAUUCUUUGAGUUAUUUUUGAUCUUUAAGACUACGGGUCGGGCUAUUGCCGAAGCUGGGACAAUGACGACAGAUCUAGCCAAGGGCUCAAUUGCAGUUGACUCAGUAUUCAGAGUGUUAGAUCGUUUCACAUUAAUUGAGCCAGAGAAUCCAAAUGGAUACAUCUUGGAAAAAAUAAAAGGGAACAUCACAUUUUUCAACGUGGACUUCGCUUAUCCAACACGCCCGGAUGUGAUUAUAUUCAACAACUUGUCCAUUGAGAUCCACGAGGGCAAGUCGACAGCGAUAGUAGGUCCAAGUGGGUCAGGUAAAUCCACGGUAAUCGGGUUGAUCGAACGGUUUUAUGACCCGUUAAAAGGUGUUGUGAAAAUCGAUGGCCGUGAUAUAAGGUCGUAUCAUCUAAGAUCGCUUCGUCAACACAUAGCUUUGGUAAGUCAAGAACCAACGUUAUUCGCUGGGACAAUCCGAGAAAACAUAAUGUACGGACAAGCAUCUGACAAAAUCGACGAGUCAGAGAUUAUCGAGGCAGCAAAGGCAGCAAAGGUUAGAUAUACUAUAAAUUAAUAUCUGUCUCACGCUCCUCUCACUAUCUCCGCCUAAAACAUGAAGCAUGUUUUUUUUUUUGGUAUGAUCAUGAAGCAUGUUACCAUGUAAACGUAAACUAGAGCAGAACCGUAUAUGAUGUCUUUUCCUGACUAUACGGUCAAUAAAACUACAAAAGUCUA